AUGGAGGUGGACGAUUUUCAAUCCAGCACAGAAGCCUUCCUUUCAUGGCAAUCGGCAAUCGGCGUCUGGAUGAGCCCCAAGAUGGCACUGAAAGACUUACGGUCAGAAUCUCGAGGACGUGGAGUUGUGGCCAUUGCCGAUUUUGAACAGGACGAGGUUGUCUUCAGCAUCCCACGCUCUGCAGUCCUAAACAUAGCUACAGCGCUUCCUGAUAUCGGCACUGAAUCUUCGCAAAGUGCCAUUCGCGCGAUGCCCAGUUGGCUGGCGCUCACCGCCCUUAUGCUAUCUGAGAGUCUUCGGAAAGAUUCGAAAUGGGCCCCGUACUUUGCGGUUCUCCCUCGAGAACUCGACAGUCUCGUUUUCUGGUCCGAGCCGGAAAUUAAGGAAUUGCAAGCCAGCGCAGUUGUGACAAAAAUCGGGAAAGGAACUGCCGAGGAGAUGUUCACCCAGCAUAUCGCACCUCUAGGCCUCGACAACUAUAGUAUUGAAAUGUGCCACCGAGUAGCAUCCGUCAUUAUGGCUUAUGCAUUUGACAUUCCGGAGGAGAAAACAACAGGCACCAUGGACGACAACGAGGGCAGCGAAGGGGGAGACGACCUUGUCUCCGAUGAUGAGGAAGAGGAAAAGACAGUGCUAUCUAUGGUUCCUCUGGCAGAUAUGCUCAACGCAGAUGCGGACAGAAACAAUGCUCGACUUUGCUGUGACAACGAAGAAUUGGAAAUGCGAACCAUCAAACCUAUUGCCGCCGGUGAGGAAAUUUUCAACGACUAUGGGCCACUUCCUAGGUCCGACCUCUUGCGCCGGUAUGGAUACAUCACCGAUCAGUACGCGGUCUAUGAUGUGGUCGAGAUAUCCACAGAGUCGAUGUUAUCUGCGUUUCGAACCGGCGGUCGAGUCAGUCCAAACCUUCAACUCAAUAGCGAAGAUCUAGAGAAGCGAGUUGAACUUACUCAACGGGAGGAUGUCUACGAUCAGUCAUAUGAUAUAAGACAUGCCGGGCCUGAAGGCCCAAGUAUCCCUGAUGAACUGUUAGCUUUUCUCUAUAUCCUUCUGCUUGAUGAAGAGAACUUAGCCGCAAUAUCAAGCUCGCAAAGCUAUCUGCCGAGUCGGUCGAAGAUGGCUACGGAAACACUGGGCCAGGUUUUGGUGACCCUACUGCGGCUGAGAGAGGAGGAAUAUGCGACAACACUUGAGGAAGACGAGGCAUUGCUUAAAUCAGAGAACCUUCCCAAUCGGACGCGAAUGGCAAUUGAAGUCCGACUCGGCGAGAAGAAGGUGAUCAGAGAAGCUAUUCAGGAGGCAAGCUCCUUUUCAGGGAGCAAUAAGCGGAUGCGAGGGGGACAGAAUCCAGAGGGCCAGAUUCCGGGUGAGAAGGGCAAGAGGAGGUCAGAAGAAUCAUCGCAUCCAAAGAAAAAGAGACGUUUCGGGUAA